CUGCUUGAGCCACCAGCGUGAGUACCUCUCCGACUCAAAUCCGCGGGACAUCACCAUGAGUACUUCUCCCACUCAUUCCGAGCAACCCUCCCAAAACCCUAACGCCAUGAUCAUUGAAGAAUCGGAAUCAAAUCGUCUAGGCUCUCAUACCCAAUCCCCCGAAACCAUAGCCCUUGUUGAACCACCAGAUCCCCACCUAGACGAUCCUAUCCCUAAUCAGCCUAACCCAAUCCAAGACGACCCUGAACCAAUCUCAGCUCUAACUCCCCGAAUCUCCGACCCUCCCACCUCUCGCCGAGCACCUAAGCGCAAGAAGAAUGCCAAUAAGCGCCGUCUCGCCCGGCAGAAGUCCCAGAAGAAGUUCCGAACCCUCGUAGAAACCCUCAAGCCCAUCCCUUUUGUCCCCUCCAAAACCCUAGACUUCCAAAGCCACGAGGAACUUCUGAAGCGGCUUGGGCUAUGGGAGUUUGUCCACAUCGAUUUCGACAAGACCCUCCGAGCCGAUCUCCUCGCCGAGCUGGUCGCCAGUUACAACUCGCAGAAUCGGUGUAGCUAUGUGAAUUCCGCUCGAAUCAACGUCAACCGAGCUGAUUUGGCUCGCGCAUUGAAGUUGCCGUUGCCCGUGAAGAAGAGUUCACCGCUGCUGGAAACUGCCGUGGAAUCACCGGAUUCUAUCGCGUUUAUCGAGGAUUUCGUGUCGAAUUGGAUGCUUUUGCAUGAGGAUACGUGGAUGAUGCCGAAAGAGGUGUUGAAUUGGACCAAGAUGAUCAAGGAAGGACAUUUUGAGAAGGUAGAAUGGGCUGGUUUAAUAUGGUUCAUGGUUGAGAAGGAGCUACUGCAAGCCCCGAGGCUGGCCAAUUGUUACUACGCCUCUCAUUUACAGUAUCUAAUAAGAUCACAGAAAGAUGAUUUGCUGAAGGAAGAGCCUAAAUUGGACCAGGUUGAUGUGGAGGUGGAGGAGGAGGAAGACGAGGAGGAUAUGGAUGUUAGUGGGGACGUGAAGUUGGCUACGGUUGAAGAUUAUCUUGGGCACGAAUCGGGGGAUGUGAAGAUUGAUGCAAGUGAAGAUUCUCGGGGGCACGAAUUGGGGGAUGUGAAGGUGGAUGCAGUUGAAGAUUCUCGGGGGAACGAACUGGGGGAUAUGAAGACUGGCGCGGUUGAAGAUUCUUGGGAGCACGAAUGUGGCAAUGUGAAGAUGGCUGAGGGUGAGGAUUCUGGAGGGCAUGCAUUUAGGGAUGUGGACCUAGGUGUGGGUGAGGAUUCUCAGGGGCACGAAUUGCGAGAUGUGAAGAUGGAUGCUGUUGAGGAAUCUCGAGGGCACGAGCUGGGGGAUGUGAAGAUGGCUGUGGUUGAAGACUCUCGGGUGCACGAAUUGGAGGAGCAUAGUAUUGAAUUGAGUCUCGGGCAAGACAAUGUGGAGAGAGUUGAAGAGAAGGUGGACAGUGUUGAGAUUGACAAGGAGCGUGUUGGGGAUGAGGAUGUUAUGGAUUUUGAUGGAUGUAGGGAGGAGUAUAAGGAUGAGGAAGAAGGUGGGGCAUGGCUUUUGGAUAGGAAGAGCAAUAUGGGCGUUGUAGGCGAGCCAUUUUUCAGGCGGUGUAGUGUUGGUGAAAUUAAGGGCUUGGAUUGUGAUGAGGAAAAGAGAGAAGAAGCGGGAGAAGAAGCGGAAGAAGGAGAGGAUGAAGGACAAGAGGAAGAAGAAGAAGGAGAACAGGAGGUUGGUGGGUUUCAUCUUUCGCCGAAGUGCAACCCGCUUGAUGGGUUGGCUUCACGGAGUCUGAUUCAGGCAAUGGAAGCGGCCCAAAUGCCUUUUAGCACAGGAUUGGAACUCCGUGAUCACUCAGCAGGGGAUUUUUUGUCAUCUAGGGUGGAUAAUGGGAUGAUUGCUGGUAGUUCAUCGCUUUUUGGUAAUACUAACAAGAAAGGGCUUGAUCAUGAGAACGAUGGCAUUCAUCACUCUCUUAAUGGUGGUCAUAAGAGGUUGAGGAGUGAUGGGCCAUGGGAUGGAAAAGAGGCUGACUUUGAUAUGUGUAUGGAGCAAGUACAGCAUUGGGUUGGUAAAGCUAGAAUGAUGUAUGCUGCCAAAGAACAGGCUUGUGAGGAAGCUACCGUGAAUCAGCAGAUCUUACUGAAUGAGUUGGAGCAGCGGGAUCGUAUAAUUGAACACAUUCGAACGGCUAAGUAUGAAGAGCAACAGAAGAAACAGGUGGAGGUGUAUCGACUCGACCGUGAACUCUGUAUGAUGGCAAAUCUGUUGGAGGGAUAUAGGAAGGCGCUGAAGGAAUCUGAUAGGGCAUUUGCUGAAUACAGAUCACGCUUCCCACAGCCUGAAGAGCCACUUUACAAGGAUGUUCCUGGCUCUGGAGGUCUUGUACUGAGCACCUUUGAACUGGAAAAGCAACGGUUAAAACAAGCAGAAGAAGACAGGAUAACCCGUUUGGUGAUUGAGAAGAAGUUUAAAGACGUUGAAGCAGAAGUGAAUAGUAAAUUUGAAGCACAUUUUCAAGGGGUUGAUUUGCUUGGGAAUAGGUUGCUGGACGUUGAGAAUGGAGUAAAAGUACUCAAGGAAUCCAUUGCAAAACGUAAGGUUUCGGAAACAUCAGAAGGGACUCCCGAUGAAUGAUAAACUAAUUCCCUUUCAUGCUGAUUGCUUGGAACUGG